CCCUCCCACCACCUUUCCCCCAUCACCCUCCCAUAUCCCUUCCUCUCCCUCCUCAAUCUCCCUCAUGGCCCUAUAAAUCUUGAACCAAACUCCAAGAAAGAACACAUCUCUUGGCUUUCUCUCAACCAAUACCUUCGACUCAACUCAAAACUCUGUCUCAAGUACUAGCUUCACCUUGUUUCAUAGCCAAAUCCAGGUGGCCAACAAGAAGACUUGGUAGUUGAUAGCCAUGGGCACUUUGGUAGGCCAUGUAGCCCCAGGGUUUGGGUUCUUAGUAGUUGGGCUAUGGCACCUCAUCAACCACAUCAAACUCCACUCUCUCCACCCCAGCUCCUAUGUUGCACCCCCAUGGUUCCCCACCCCAGUUUUUAGAUACCUUGAGCUCAUCCUGAUAAUACUCGGCAGCCUUGCCUCCAUCGCCAUGGAGCUCGUCAUCGGCCCAGAGACCCAUCAGCCCUUCGACACCGACGGAACCAUCCCCUCCAACCACCUCCACAACUUCGAGCACGCCUCCAUCUCCCUCACCUUCCUCAUCUACGCCGCCUUCGCCAUCGCCUUCGACCGCAUCAAGCUGAGGCAGCGCGCCGGGAUGACGCAGCUCCUCGGCGCCGUCGCCUUCGGCCAGCAACUGCUCCUGUUUCACCUCCACUCCGCCGACCACAUGGGCGUCGAAGGCCAAUACCAUUGGCUCCUCCAGAUCGUGAUCGCGGUGUCGUUGGCCACCACCUUGAUCGGGAUCUGGCUGCCGAGGAGCUUCAUGGUGAGCUUCGUGAGGUCGAUGAGCAUCGCGUUCCAAGGUGUUUGGUUCAUCGUCAUGGGCUUCAUGCUGUGGACUCCGAGCUUAAUUCCCAAGGGAUGCUUCAUGAACUCGGAGGAGGGGCACCAAGUGGUGAGGUGCCGCAGCGGCGAGGCCCUCGACCGCGCCAAGUCGCUGGUGAACAUCCAAUUCAGCUGGUACGUGGCCGCCAUGGCACUGUUCUCCAUGCUGCUCUACUUGUUCUUGACCAAGAGGUACCCCGAGGCGCCGGAGUACCUGCCGUUGGUGGAGGAGGGUGUUCAGGAGGAGGAUGAGGACUUGGAAUCCCAGAGGAAGCUCGAGGAGUCUGAUAGCUUUGUUCAUGCGGGAAAGGGGAUGAGGGCCAUGGAGCUUGAGAGGUAAGUGGAAGGAAGGGUCUUUUUCUUUCUUUUUCAUCACUCAGCCUUCUUUUAUUUGGUUUUCAAGGUGUUAAUGAGAUGGAAAGAUCGAUGCAGCUGGUGCAAGCUUAGGGGAUUCUUUUUUUGGUUGGAGCCUUCUCUGGUUGGAUGUAUAGAAAGUGGGGUUUUUAUUUGAUCUUGAAACAAUUGUAUCAAACUUUCUAGUGCACUUUUAAGUUGUCACAAUGUGAAAUCAA